ACGGUAAAAAUUCCAAAAGCAAAUGACCCCGCUCCAAAACCAAAUGCAGGGCGGCCGAAACGCCCUGCGUUCCCCUGUACGCCGCCGUGCCGCCGUCGUCUCCAUUAGGUGAACUGUGCGGCAACCGACAAAGGCUCUCCAUCACUGCCGUCCCCCACCGUCCCCCAAUCCAUCCUUGUCUCACUCCGAUCAAGCUAAGCGGGGACAAUGCAGCUCAGGUCCGGGCGUCGCUUAGUGUACCCACCGCCGGAGCAGCAAGGAGGUGGCCAUCGCCGCCGGUCCCAGCAAAGCUUAGAGGACAGGAUCAGCAGCCUCCCUGAGGACCUGCUCCUCGAGAUUCUCGUCCGUCUCAGGUCCGUCGCUGAAGCUGCGUGCGCUGGAGCGGUAUCCCGCGGCUGGCGCGACCUCUGGACUGAGCUUCCCGAGCUCACGUUCUGGUGCGCCAACCCCCUCACUGUCGUGUCAGCGCUCGCCGGGAUCACCCGUUCCUCGGUGGACCUCCUCGACAUCAAUUUGUCGUCGAGCUGGAUGGAAGAAGACUGGGGUGGGGACGUAUCCUUGCUUCUCCUCUGCGCUGCACUUGUGUUGCCGGAGAAACUCAUCGUCUCUGUGAUGAUCCACCCCACAAUAGAAUACGCCGUCGAGCUUCCUUGCUUUGAAUGCACCUCCUACCUUGGUCUUGAGUUGAUGGGAAGCCUCCCAAUUACUUUGCCACAGUCCGGCGAGUUCACUGCGCUCAAGAACCUUCACCUGCAAUCAUGCUGCAUCGAUCUUGGCGCCCUCCUCCUCCUCUGCCCGUGUCUGCGCAUCCUGAACAUCCUGAACGUCAGCGAUCUCAAACAUGCUGACACGGUGAUUGUUCACUCGCCGUCGCUUGAGGAGCUCAGCUUGGAGAUAACUACUCAUGACAUCUGCCGCAUUGACAUCGCGACCCCAGUGCUUAAGGAGGUGACACUGCACGUCGAUAUUGCCAAAGGCUUCAGCUUCUCCUUCUCAGCCCCAAUGCUGAAGAAACUCAGUUGGGAUUGCACUUAUUCGUGCGUUACUGUUGGGUUCGGACAGAUAUGGAGCCUCGUGAGCAUAAAGGAGCGUAAGCUAGAUGAAUUUCAUGUCGUCUCACUGAUCAUAAUGAGUUCUGAUAAUUCAAAUGGUCUUCUGGAUGCAGAAUGGAGCAUUACACAACUGAUAGUUCAUCUUCCAGUGACUGUUUUUACUGUUUUAGAGCUGGAUCUCGACAUAGAGGGGCAUACUUUUGGACCAAUGAUGUUGUGUCUGCUUCGGACUCAACCAAUUAUGCAAAGGCUUAAGGUGGACCUAAGACGUGACAAGGUACGAGUCUCGUGCCCAGUAAAUUGUCCUUGUGAACAUCCUAUCAACUGGAAAAGUGAAGACGUCUCUUUGUCUAAUCUUGAAGUCGUUGAAAUUCAUGGCCUGCAAGGAGAAGAUGAUGAAGUUGAUUUCCUAAAAAUCAUACUCCGUUGUGCAACAGGGCUUCGGAGAUUGACGAUGACUAUUUCUGAUGACAUCUCACCAAGUAACAAUGGCUACGAUAAGAUCCGCAGCAUUAUAAAGGAGUAUCCAGAUGUGGAAUUCCAUAUUAUUGCAUCUGGUUUGAGGGGGUUCUUUAUCCUUGAAUAGGAGAAUAUUUGCAAAUGGCAACUGGUGUGUAAGGGUGGGGCGGGAGUUCGGGGGUUUUCUCGGCCUGGUGAGGUCUUCUUCUUAUUUGGAAUGCUGUGGGGGUUGUCUUAUGUGGUUAUGACUUCAUCAGUUUUUAUCUGUAUGUAAGCUUCAUGACUUAAUAAAUUUGGUGAUGAUCACUGGACAGAAGUGUCGUUUCCUAUUAGUAGAUCAAUGAUUUGCAUCCAGAUCAAAUAUCUCUAGUUUAAGGUUAACUCAGUAAGGUUCAACUCCUUUGUCUGCCAGGCAAGCUAGACAAGGAAACACGGCCUUGUCUGUAGUCUGUAACUCUGUACUCAUGUCAAUCGUCAAGCAUGACUGCACUCUUUGCAAUGUAAUGUGCAAAAAGCAGUUCAAAA